GGCGUACGCAGGGUAAGGGCGGGGGACUGAGUACCAGGCUGGUUUAGGGCUUCAAGUAAGUAGUGGGAAGGCAUUGCUACAUUUUCUCUGUGGUAACAAGCUGUAGUAGCGGCCUACAAGGUGCUGUCUUUCAACUUCCAUAUUAUUCCAAAAUAAGCAAAGAUGUUCAUGUUCCAAGGUCCAUUCGCAAAGCAGGCCCUGAACAUCAUAGGAAAUGUUGUGAGCAAUUAUAUACCUCAGCCAGCGCCUCCUAAAACUACGUAUGCUGUGGCUAAGUCGAACGAGACUGAGGAGGAGAGGCAGUUCAGACGUGUGUUCCAUCAGAUUGCAGGAGAUGAUAUGGAAGUGAGUCCAUGUGAGCUAUGCAAUAUUCUCAAUAAAGUUGUUACAAAACACCCAGACUUGAAGACUGAUGGUUUCAGCUUGGAAUCCUGCAGAGGCAUGGUUGCUGUUAUGGAUAGUGACAGCACUGGCAAGCUGGGUUUUGUUGAAUUUAAGUAUCUUUGGAAUAAUGUUAAGGCUUGGCAGUGUAUAUACAAGCAGUAUGAUACCGACAGAUCUGGUGCUAUAUCUGCUGAUGAAUUACCAGCAGCGUUGCGUGCAGCAGGUUUUGAUCUUAACGAAGAGGUGGUGAAACUAAUCACACGCAGAUAUUCUGAUGAAAAUGGAAAUAUAGAUUUUGAUAACUUUAUCUGCUGCCUUGUGCGUAUGGAUGCUAUGAUCCGAGCUUUUAAGGCAUUGGAUAAAAACAAUACUGGAACAAUUAGAGCUAACUUACCAGAGUGGUUGCAACUCACCAUGUAUUCUUAAGUGCACUAAAUGUGGAGAAGAACGAAAGAUCAAAAUAGUUUACUGCAGAUGAAUCCCUUGUACUGCAAUUUGUAAUCCUUCUAAAGAUGACUUUUAACUAUGAUUAACUGUUUUGUUAACGGCCCAAAAGAAAUAUGCAGUGUUUGUGUUAUGCUUUGUUAGGCAUGUUUAAGUAAGGUUAUGCAGUAGCUUUUUAGUAUAAUUUUUACUGUGCCUGUAUACCUAUAUAUAUUUUGUUAUAUUCAGAUUGAACAGCCUGAAUAGAACUCUCUCACAUUUGCUUUUUAUUUUGUAGUGCCAGUCAUCAGCUGGGCAUUUUAUAUCUGCAGUUAAACGUUCACAGAAUGUGUUCUGUAAGAGCUGUAAUAGUGAUCAUGGUGAUGACCUUUCACUGUACUGCCCUUAAGUGAGCAUGCAUUGCAGAAAUUGUUUAAGCAUGAACGGACAGCUGUAUGUUGAAAAACAGGUAUCUUCCUUCAGGAUGUUGCUAUUUGACUCUGGCCGUUAGAUUCCAGUUUCAAGAUGUAUUGCCUAAGAUCUCUUCUUUCAUGAACCACUAAGAAUAAAGGUAAUUUCUUGGAAAAAAGUAGGGAGUUGUCUCCUGGCUUUUGCAUUAGUUUAUUGAAUUAGCCUUUGUCCAGUUGACUGUGCAGUGUAAUAACUGGAAAGGCUAAAGUCUAUAAAAAAAAAAUCUGUCCCAAGGAAGGCAUUACUUUUGUAUUGGUAAUGUCUACCCUGUGGUAAACCUUUGAAUGCAUAUAAUAUGGAGGACAUUGAGAACAAGUUAGUUCCUACAUAAGACUACUUCUGUGAGUGGAUAACAAAGCUAGCUUGUUUCUUUGGGCCUUAAAGCAGUUUGAGUCUCUGUAGAUUGCAUGAUGAGUUUUCAGCAAAACCUAGAAUAAAACUACUUUUACAGAAA